AUGUCGUCACUAAUGCAUGGAAGUAAGCAUCUGAAAACACAUACGAAGCCUCACAAAUGCCAAACGUGCACAAGAGGCUUUGCUUCUCGUUUGGACCUCCAACGUCACAUCAAAUCUCAACACCGUGCUGGUAAUGAAAAGUACCGUUGCCUUGUUGAGCGCUGCGCAUUCAUCUCAAAUCGAAAGGACAAUCUCAGGAGGCAUCAAAAGAAGGAGCAUACUGCUUUAUUACUCGGCUGCAUCGAUGAAAUCAACGACAAAAUACAUUUGCCAGACCAACAGUCCGAUGUCUUCGGUAGUACACAGCUACACAGUGUGUGUAACUUCAUUUUAGUGGCCGCUUCAGGAGACCUGGACAGGCUGCAAACCUUCCUAGAUGCAGGAUUGGAAAUCGAUUCGAGGGCAGAGGAUCGAUCCACUGGCUUGCACUGCGCCGCAAAAGCUGGUCAAGCGGCGACAGUCAAGCAUCUUCUUACGAAAGGAGCAAGCGUGAACGUAUGGAACGACAAGCGUCGGCGACCGAUACAUGAGGCUAUUCUGAGUAACAGCCCGGAGACACUGCAGAUUUUCCUUGAGCGCAUGACACAGAUGGACCUUGAUGCUUCAAAGAAGGAAGUUGAACGCUACUUGACACGAUCGGGUAACGUUGAUAUCGUUGAUGUCUACCUUACGCGAUUGGGAAGCGACUUCACCGAAAGAGCUGACACGAAGAAACUCAGCUUCGCAGUGCGUACCGGACACUGCUCGCUCGUUACCGCUUUACUUGAUGACCCAAAGGUCAAUGGAAAUGAUCAAAUCCCGAGUCACGCUCUGCGCUUUGCCCCAAUACAUCUAGCGGCUAUGCUCGGACGAACAAAAGUCAUGGAGAGCCUCAUCACUUGCAAUCACAUCGAUACUAAUUUGGGAGACUUAUAUAAUAGACGAGCGCUGCAUAUAGCUGCCUCAGGAGGUCACGCAGCUAUCGUGGAGCAGCUGCUUGGCCAUCCAGAUGUUGAUGUCAACUUUCAAGACAGGCGCGGGGCGACUCCUCUGCACUGUGCGGCCUCCAAUGGACACACACUAGUCGUAGCGAAGUUGAUCCGUCAUCCAGGCGUUAACGUCAAUUGUCAAGACAAAGAAGCGGCCAAACCCAUACACUAUGCAGCCUUCAAUGGACACUGGGAAGCAGCUUCUUUGCUUCUCAAACACUCGGAGUCGAUGGAAGACGGUCGUUGCAGAUCAUCUGAUGUCCCACCAAUAAGUCUCACGUUCACCAAAGAAGGUUUCCUUCGCAGACUUCUUGAGCAUCCAGACUUUGGAGGCCCGAACGAAAUCCUGCCCGGAACGCAUAACACUAUUCUUCAUGUCGCUGCUAGAAAGGGCGACCGCGAAGUCAUCGAAGACCUGCUAGCUUAUCCAGACAUCGACGUGGACGUACGCGAAGGAUAUGGCCUUACUCCUCUGAUGACUGCUGCCAAACACGGCAAACUGGAAGCAGUGAGAUCAAUCCUCCAACACAAAGACAUCGAUGUAAACCAGACGGACGAUUCUCAGGAGCCAUGGACGGCGUUGCAAUGGGCAAAAACAAAGAAGCACCACAAGAUCGUCGAUCUCCUCCUCUCCCAUGGCGCCAUCGCCCAUACCGCCAACGCACCAAGAACCGUACCAUCAAUCGCACACAUCGGCAACUCGCAAAGCACCACUUUGCAACCUGACCACGAAACUCACUUCGAUUCGUUCGACGACCUUAUGGACGGCGCACCAACCGAAGCUUGGGAAGAUUUUCUUGCCAUGGAGGAAGGAAUGGAGGAAUGA